UUUUUUUCUUAUAGUUAUCUAACCCCACUCUCGAAAGUUGUCGGGCGUGGGGAUGUUCAUCUUGCCCCAGCCGAGUUUCUUUGUCGUUGGCGAAGUAUCGCGAGAAGUUCCGAAGUCACGGGGAUAAUGGCUGGAGAUCGCGGAUAUUAGAAGAGAAAGCUACAAUUGAAGUGUUAAAGAGGAGCUGAAGCAGUCACAUUACUGAGACUCUGUCACUGGAUUUUCACCAGCUGUAGGGAUGGCUAAUAUCUCCAGCCAUGGGAAGCUGCUGCUGCACCGCCUCCAUCAGCAGCGGGAGAUGGACUUCCUGUGUGACAUCACCAUCAUGGUGCGAGACGUAGAGUUCAGAGCCCACCGCAACAUCCUGGCUGCGUUCAGCAAGUAUUUCUCCUCGCAGGCUGAGAAGGGUCAAGAUAUCACGACCCUGGACCCCGAUAAGGUCAGCCGCUACGCCCUGGAGAAGCUCCUGGAGUUUAUCUACACUGGACAGAUGAACCUCAGCAGCACGAGACAGGCGGCGGUGCGUCGUGCGGCGGUGUUCCUGGGAAUUUCUGAAGCCACAAAGUACAUGGAGGAGACCCCGCACUGGUCCGAGCCCAGUGAAGCGUCUGAGCUGGAUAAAGACGCUGCUUUCUCUCUGCCCAGCCCCACCACUCCUGGGAGCCCCAGCUCUCCUGUCCCCCUGUCCAUCGUCUCCACGGCGGGGGAGUCUCAGGAAGAGGGGACGGCUGUCAAAGAGGCUGAGGAUGUAGAUAUGGAAGAGGGAGAAGCCGAAGCCGAUGAAGAGUACUCUCCUACUACGCAGAAGAGUGCUGGGAGAGGACAGGGAAGAAAGAGAGGCAGAAAGCCGAAGAGUUUUAGUGGCGAGCAGGUGGAGGCGAGCAGCUCUACUGACGGGACCCCCAAAGCCUACAGGGGGAGAGGGAGAGGCCGAGGCAGAGGGAGGGGGAGAGGGAGAGGUGGAUUUAAAAGUGAGAUUCUGCCUUUGGAGGAUUCUGACGGUAGUGUGAAAGAUUUUGGGGACAACUCUGAAGACUGGAGCCCCUCGCUGGAUGAUGAUACUACAGCAAAGAAGCCUCGACUGAGCGUGGGAGAGGGGAGGAGAGGGAGAGGACGGGGGAGAGGUAGGGGUAGAGGUAGGGGUCGAGGCAGGAGGAAGGUCGUGAAGGAGGAGAUAGAGGACAUGGAGGAUGAAGCAGAGGAGAGCGGCACAGGUGAGACAGAUGAGUUUGACCUGGGGCUGGACAUGUCCCUGGAGGAGGGGGAGGUGGGGGUGCAGGAAGCGGCAGAAAUGAACGAGCUGACUCUGGCGUGCCCCGAGUGCGAUAAACUGUUCAAAGACGUGAGCAGCCUGCGCCGACACGAGAAGAUCCACAAAGGCCUGAAGCCCUUCGUCUGCAUCUUCUGCUCCAAAACCUUCAGACAGGCCACGCAGCUGAAGACCCACCUGCGCAUUCACACAGGCGAGAAGCCGUUUAAUUGCCCGGACUGCGACAAGUGUUUUGCUCAGAAGUGUCAGCUGGUGGCUCACCGCAGGAUGCACCACGGAGAAGAGAAGCCGUACACCUGCGAGCGAUGCGGCUUCAAGUUCGCCACCUCGUCCAACUACAAGAUACACAUCAGAUUGCACAGCGGGGAGAAACCGUACGUGUGUGACAUCUGCGGUCAGGCGUUCGCUCAGUCCAGCACGCUGACCUAUCAUAAGCGCCGACACACUGGAGAGAAACCGUACCAGUGCGAUCUGUGCGGCAUGUCCUUCUCUGUGUCUUCUUCUCUCAUCGCUCACGCACGAAAACACACGGGUGAGACUCCGUACAAAUGUUCCCAUCCCCAAUGUGAAUCAAGUUUUGUGACGUCUUCCGAACUGAAGAAACACAUAAGGCGACUUCAUCCAGACGGAAACACGGGUGUGCAGUGUCUGCUGUGUGGAAACCGGUUUGCCAGUGUGAAGAAUAUGAUCAAACAUCAGGAGAAAGCUCACGCUGACGAAGUGCGGCAACACAAGGAGAGAGCCAGAGCAGUGGUCCUCCUGGCUUCCAGUCACCCUGUGGCGUUCGUCCAGAGUAAACUCUCUCAGGAGCACAAAAUGAUGGCGUCCAUCGCUGAAGGCGGGGAGCCAGCAACCCCCGCACCGUCAGCAGCCACUGGCGCCGCUGGCGACGACGAAGACGCCACCGACGCCCUCCUGCAGGACUUCAAGGCGGAGCCAUCCGACCCCGACAUCACUGCCGCCGACCAGGUGACCUUUGAACCCGACACGGAGCAGACCAUCAACUCGGAAACCCUGCACGCUCUGGUGGAGCAGCUGCGGCCCCAGCCCUCCCCCCCCGCCCAGAGCCUGGAGCAGAUAGUCAUCAUCAGGACGGUGGACAAUGCCGAGCACAACCCCCCGCAGCAGUGA